GAUGUGAAGUGCGGCAUGCUUCGACAGGUGGACGUUCCCGGACAGUCCUCUCCUUCAGUGGCCUUGGAGAUUUGGUCUGGGAGCGAGUGGUUCCGGAGAGCUGAGUUGCAGACUUUGUCAGCGGGUGCAUGGUAUGCCAUUCAUUGGUUUGGCUCCGGCUGGGAGACCACGCGUGUCAACUUCCAGGAUGCCAGCUCCACCGUGCCAGAGGGCUACCUGCCCGACACGGGGCGACUUUACCCCGGCCUCUUUCAGCUGACCGGCUAUCGCUAUGGAUGGCGAUGUCCCUUUGUCGGAGGCUUCAACCGGAGAUACUUCGACGAUCCCGUCCUGGACACCGGGAUGGCCUUGGCAUGUGAAGAUUCGCGAUGGGAGAUGGAUGUCGUCGUGGGGCGGUUUUACGUGCGAGUGCAGUACGGAGAUCCGGGUCAGGGAG